UCCCCAGCCCUGCCCUCCCCCUUGUCCCGGGAUCGCUCCGUCGCACCCACCAUGAUGGAAGACGACGGACAACCCCGCACUCUAUAUGUAGGUAACCUCUCCAGAGAUGUGACCGAAGUACUAAUACUUCAGUUAUUCAGUCAGAUCGGACCCUGUAAGAGCUGUAAAAUGAUAACAGAGCAACCCGAUAGCAGAAGGGUCAACUCUUCUGUUGGAUUUUCUGUUUUGCAGCAUACAAGCAAUGACCCAUAUUGCUUUGUGGAAUUUUAUGAACACAGAGAUGCAGCUGCUGCAUUAGCUGCUAUGAAUGGGAGAAAAAUUUUGGGAAAGGAGGUCAAAGUAAACUGGGCAACAACACCAAGUAGCCAGAAAAAAGAUACUUCCAAUCACUUCCAUGUGUUUGUUGGGGAUUUGAGUCCAGAAAUUACAACAGAAGAUAUCAAAUCAGCAUUUGCCCCCUUUGGUAAAAUAUCGGAUGCCCGGGUAGUUAAAGACAUGGCAACUGGAAAAUCCAAAGGCUAUGGUUUUGUGUCUUUUUAUAAUAAACUGGAUGCAGAAAACGCAAUUGUGCAUAUGGGUGGUCAGUGGUUGGGAGGUCGACAAAUCAGAACCAAUUGGGCCACGCGAAAACCGCCCGCACCUAAAAGUACACAAGAAACUAACACUAAGCAGUUAAGGUUUGAAGAUGUAGUAAACCAGUCAAGUCCAAAAAAUUGUACUGUGUACUGUGGAGGAAUUGCUUCUGGGCUAACAGAUCAGCUCAUGAGACAAACAUUCUCACCAUUUGGACAAAUUAUGGAGAUACGAGUUUUUCCAGAAAAGGGCUAUUCAUUUGUCAGAUUUUCAACUCAUGAAAGUGCAGCCCAUGCCAUUGUCUCCGUGAAUGGUACUACAAUUGAGGGACAUGUGGUUAAAUGCUAUUGGGGUAAAGAAUCUCCUGAUAUGACUAAAAACUUCCAACAGGUCGACUAUAGUCAAUGGGGCCAGUGGAGCCAAGUGUAUGGGAACCCACAGCAGUAUGGGCAGUACAUGGCCAAUGGGUGGCAAGUGCCACCCUAUGGAGUCUAUGGGCAGCCGUGGAAUCAGCAAGGAUUUGGAGUAGAUCAAACACCUUCUGCUGCUUGGAUGGGUGGAUUUGGUGCUCAGCCUCCCCAAGGACAAGCUCCCCCUCCUGUAAUACCUCCUCCUAACCAAGCUGGAUAUGGAAUGGCAAGUUACCAAACGCAGUGAGCUGGGACUCUAAACAAAAUUGUAACUCAUGAUAGGCUGCGAUUUCCUGUGACACUCUGAAGACAUGAAAGUAGACAUCGGAAAAUGAAAAUAUUUAUUUUAAGAAUGGAAAUGUUUGGAACCUUUAGCACAGCUUUGCUUGGGUGAAGGACACAUGUCUUCUAGUUCUGCCUUUUUAAGUUUUUGUUCAUGAUGGAUAUGAACAUGAUUUUUCUUUGUGUACAAAACUAAAAUAAAGUCAAUAAAGACAAUUCUGACUACAAAUUUUGAUAUAAUAGGAGAAAUGGGUAAUACAUUUUGAUUCUUAGAUACUAUUCCAUUUUUAUCUUGCUGUUCAGUAUUUUAACUCACUGUGUUUUUAAAAGAGCAAAAAAGGGAGUAUCGUGAAAAACUGGGAAUCACAUAAGUUCAGCCUGAACCCUGAUCCUCCCCUUCUUCUGUCCCCUGAGGUGGACCGCAUUUGAAGUCAGCAGAAGUGUAUGAUAAUCAGAAGAAAUACGUGAUUCUGGAGUCGCUUUGGAAGAAAUGUUUACUUUCUCUUUGCCUAAAGAAACUGAAGCCAGACUGAAAUUUGCAACCUAAAUGAGGAACAGCAUUGUCUUGAGUGAAUGCUGGUGGUCCACAUUAAGACAUAUUUUUUAAAACUUCAAAAAGUGUUGAUUAUUACAACUGUAGAAUAUUGCAUUUCAUUUUGGGGGGAAAUUCCAAGUAUGGUGUUUGUUUUAAAGUCAGACAGUCAUACUUGUACUUUUACCUGAAGUUUAAAUGAAAAACAUUGUAAAUAAUGAAUAACUACAGUGUUUAAAAAAGCAUGCUUCAACAUAGAAGUAGUGACAAUGUCAUUAUUUGAGGUAACUCAGAGCACUACACUGCAUGAGUGCAGUGGUUGAUAGACUGAUGUUUCCAAGGCUGGCUUUGUAAAUGCAAAAUGACAAAUUACUACACAAAACAAGCCUUAAUUUUAAUUUCAUACAGAUCUUUGAUGCAUUAGCAUAUUCUAAACCAUCAUUGGAAAUUAGACCCUUUUUGGCUUUACAUUAUUUGGUUUGUAAAUACCUUGAUUAAAACCUUGUGAAAUAAUUUCAAGGUUGUUAUAAGUUGUAUAGCACAAAUGUUUUUUAAAAAUCUUGGGAUGUUUUUAAAAAUUAGAUAUAUUUUGCCCACAAAUUUUUUUAACAAGAUUGCUAAAACAUCUUAUUUAGACAGUUUGAUGUACCAGUUUAUAAUCGGAUCUUCAGUUAAGUAGUGCAUAAAAUUGUGAGUUUCUUCUUUCUUUGUUGGGCGUGUGUGGUGACGGGUCUGAGCAGGGCUUAGCUGUGUGAGCAAGAUUGUAAAUGAACCCGGUUGGAGGAUGCAGAAGAUUGAGGUGUGCUUCCAAGGUAUUUUUCAGUGUGUGAAUAAAUAUGCCUCAAAUUUCUAUGAAGCAGGAAUGUAAAAUAGGUAAAAUCCUAUGUAUUUAAAUUGUGACAGCUAGGGGGUGCAAAUGUUUUGGCAGUGUAUUCAAAACGUUGGCCUGUGUACCUAAAUGAGAAAGUAGCCCUUAAUAAGAUGCAGCUAGCAUCCACAAAUGGCCAUUUUUAAAAGUAUUUUGUUUUAGAAUUAACUUUUAAAUGUUGAUUUUUAUGUAUUGGUGACCACAGGAAAUUGUUAUUUCUUUUUCCCUUUCUCCACUUGUAUUCAUCAAAAUUUCCAGGGACUGAAGUUCAUUGUUGAGCCUAACUUUAUGGCAUCUUAAUUUUCACUGCAAUAGUUCUAUAUUGCACUCUCUGUUACUAAAUAUACCCCCCCUUUUUUUUUUUUGCUGCUGUUCACAAUAUCUUUGGGGGACAUUUUUGGAAAAGUUUUUGUAUUUUAUAGGAAGAACACAGACUACAUUAUACCCCUGAGUUAAGAUUUUCAUGAAUCUUUGGUUUUUAAGUUGAUAAUUGACAAAAACUUGUUGAAUUAAAAUUUUAGUUUGCCUUUAUUUUUUUGCUCUGCCAGUAAAUUAAUUGGUUUGUUAUGGCAACUAACAGCUACUCUGCUGUAGUAUUUCCUCUUGGUGUUCUAUGUGUGAGUUAAUAAAACAUCCAGGCUAGUUACAUUGUCAUAGUAAACAUGUGAUUAAAGUAUCUCAUCCUAAUUUGGAUGGGGAAAAGAUUUCAUGAUCAGUUAGUCCCAGUUCUUCCAUAUUAAACAUUCUAAAGUAGAAAGCUACUUCUCCAAAUGAAAUGUACCAUGUUAGGAAAUGUUGUGACUAUCAAGCCAGACAGACUAGUUAGCAACACUAAUGGAAAUCACUGCUGUCUUGGUCCAGUGUAAAGUAAAAAUUGUUGCCUUUUCUCUCCCACAUAUAUUAAAAGCAGCAGCAGAGAGUCUUUGGCGUGCAAGGAAAUGUUUAUUUCAUAAUCAUCUGAGAUUUAUCAAAUGUUACGUUUCUGCCUACCAUCUUCUUUGCUCCACUAGUGUUGCCCCCGUGCCAUUCCCACUUGAUCCUUGUUUGCUGGCAGUGAGAGGCUGGCAUGCCUGGCCAGCAAAAGCCAAAGCUGUAAACCACAGUUGAAGUAAGUCUUUCAAUAAAGACUAGACACUACAA